AUGGAUCCCAAAGUGACAUCUAGUACUUUUUGUACGUACACGGCCACUCGAGAAGAUACGACCACUACCAUCUUCUUCAUCACCGGCAAUCCUGGGCUAAUUGGGUACUACCACCCAUUCUUGUCUCUGCUGGCCGAGAAUCUAAAGAAUGGCCCGUCUCAAGAUCGGCCUGCAACAGUUCAGGCAUGCAAGGGAUCAGAUGAAGCUUUUCAGAUCUAUGGGCGCAGUCUCGGCGGAUUUGUAAUCGACUCGGAUGAGAAGAGAUUUGAACAUGGGGACAGACGUGCAAGCCCCGGCGAUUCGCAGACGAGACUAUACGACCUCGAGGAUCAAAUCUGCUUUGUUCAUGAUUCACUCAAUGCACUGAUGGGCCACAAUGCCGCUUCAAGUUCAACGCACUCUCUGGACAACGAAUCCUGCAGCUCUCCCAGAAAGCGCAGAGUCAUACUCAUCGGUCAUUCCGUGGGCGCUUACAUCGCGAUGGAAGUCCUGCGCCGACACCGCGAAGCAACCAGCGAGUCCGUUAAAAGUGGUGAAAGAGGUGUUUACGAUGAGGGUUUUGACAUUAUCGGAGGUGUGAUGCUGUUUCCUACGGUGAAGGAUAUUGCGCAUUCGCCAUCGGGGCAAAAAUUAACGACUCUCCUGUCUCUCAUUCCUCAUUUCGCAAUGGUAGUCAGCUUUAUAGCUGGCAUUUUGACCUCCAUUCUGUCUAUGAGUGCUUUGAAAUCAGUGAUCAAGCUGGUCAUGAGAGAUCCCCCGACCCAUGCACUCGAGACGACAACUUCAUUCCUGAAAAGUAGUCAGGGAGUACGACAAGCACUACACAUGGCAGCCGAUGAGAUGCGAACCAUCACAUCCGACAAAUGGACAGAUGAUACCUGGGGCGUGGCGCAGACCCAAGACCCUGUCAGUAGGCUCUACUUUUACUUUGGUCGGAAUGACCAUUGGGUUGCGGAAAAGACCAGAAAGGAAAUCAUCGCCAUGAGGAGCUCCACGAAGCGAGAGGAUGGAUUGGGCCCCCAGAUGAUUGUGUGCGAAGAUGGGUUGCCUCAUGCUUUUUGUUUGAAACACUCUGAUGUGAUGGCUCGCAAAGUUGCGGCUAUGAUACGGGAAAUUGCAAGUUGA